ACAUAAAUGAAUAAAUGAAUUGGCGUGUCGUUUGAAGCGAUCUGAUUAUCCGUGUCAUAAAUUGUUUUAAGAAUUUCUUAUGAAUUACGAUCAAAAUCGAACAAACAGAUUGCAAAAGCCUCUGACGUUUGUAUCUUCUGCGUUUUGAUCGCUGAUUGGACCAGAGAAGUUAGCCAUCGUUGUUGAAAUGAGUUGGAUGUCGAAAUUUUGAGGGAAAAAAAAGGAAAAUUCAUCAAAACCUUUUUAGAUUUUAUCCGAUUACCUCGAUUGUAGCAAAACGCAGAGUUUUAUUUUUGUUUUUAGGGGUAUUUAUCAUUAUUUGGUUGUUGGUGUUCGUUUUGGAUAACGAAUAUUAUGGUUCUGGAUCUAAACGAUAUGUCGAGGAGGGAGCAUCGGCAAGAUCAACAAUCUAGGGUUUUCUACGAGCUAUCGGCUUUAAUUUUGAACAUACUCCGGUAUCCUCCGACGCCGAUCCAAUUCUCUGAUUCUGAUGAAGUAUCUACGUCUUCCCGAAGGCAGCCUCAACGGCAUCCGUUAACGCAACUAACGCCGGCGGGGUUUGCAUCGUUGCUAUUGGGGAUAUCAUUGUCCUUGAUGCUGUGUGGAUCGAUAACGUUCUUCAUUGGGUUCUUAUUGAUGCCUUGGGUGCUUGGCUUGGUUUUGGUGUUUUAUGUUGUUGGGAUUAUUUCGACUCUAGCGAUGCUCGGUCGCGCCAUUUUCUUCCAUACUUUUUCUCCUAAAAAAGGCGUUCCUGCGUGGAAACUGUUGUGAACAAAGGCUAUAGACGGUCGAGUUACACCAACAGCCGCUGCUUUCUUGAUGCAGCACUCCGGAAGGGGUUAUUAGUUAUAAAGAUAGAGAUAUAUUACUGGAAACUGUGCAUAAAUGGAUACACGGACUUCUACUCUGUUUUAAAAUUUUGAACUAGAAUUUAGUACAACACAAACACAUGGAGGAUUUCUGUUUCUUGAAAACAAUGUUAUUAGAGGUGACUUUGAAAAACAGUAUUUUUCGGGGUUAUGUUGGGUUUGGGU